GAGAGCACAGCAUCUUGGAUAACCUCAGACUGGCGAUAAUUGUGUCUGAUUGUGUCUAGUUGCUGGCUUAGGUAGGCUGAGCUCAAUCAAUAAAAUUUCCAAAGUCAGCAGUUGAUACAUGUAGCUCUGAAGCUUCGUUAGUUCCUGCGCAAUGUUGACUUUGAAAUGAUUGGUUAGAAGUAGGGAGACCGAAGUUGGCCCGUAGAAAAUUAUGUAUGUAACGGCCCGCUGUUUAUCCGGAGUUUGAUUUGAAGUACCUAGGUACUAUGUAAAGUUGUGUCCGGGCUGCCGGGGACCUUACGCUGGCUGGUGAAAUCAUUAGUGUGGUACGUAGUACAAACGCUUUCCCCAAGAUUCGGUACCUAAAUCGAACCCCACCUUAGACCCCACCAUUAAAUCAAUGAUCUGAAUUGAAGCAAAUCAAAUCGUUGCUAAGUGCAAUUACUACAACUUUAACGUACCUAAUUCCGUAUUUGCCCAUCCAUAAUCACAUAUAUGCAAGACCUCGCGGAAUGGCUUCUCCAACGCUACCACCCGUUAUCUCGCUGCAAGGGGCUGAUGAUAGCAAAAUCAAGUUUGUACUCGAUGCACUUUUCGAGCCGUCUCAAGACCUUCACCUCGUAGCCAUUCCAGCGGUCGGCAACACUCCUUUCUCGUCAUACCCGUCUCUCAUCGAACAUGUCGGAAGUCUCCUAUUUCAGCUCGCGGAAAACUCAACUGCUGCUAACUCAAGAGAAAGGCUGCAUGAAAUCCUAGGCUCACAUCCGCGCCUGGGUGAGAAGAGGGUAGAGAGUGCACAGAGUCGGGCCGAGCAGGCACAUCUCAACUCAUCCGGUACCUCAGGCGAGAAGGAAGAAGAGGCCGGAAGGCUUAAAUCUCUGAACGAGGAGUAUGAGGCCCGAUUCCCCGGAUUACGAUACGUAGUAUUUGUCAAUGGCCGAAGCCGUGAAACCGUCAUGAAUAAUAUGCGGGAGCGUAUUGACCGCAGUGACAUAUUCGCCGAGGAGCGAGAGGCUAUCCAGGCGAUGAUCGAUAUUGCUCUCGAUCGCGCGAAAAAACUUCAGGCUGCAGAUUAAAAGGAUGUUCAUCUAGAUCACAUUCAACAUUUAAAUGUGGAGGAAUAUAGACGCAUCACCUAUUUAAAAGCGAGCCAUAUGCUUGUCAAGCAAGCUCACCGCCGUUGUCAACUCCUAAGUUAGACCGUAUACAAGAGUAUCCGAGCACAUAUAUCGCAUCGCACACUGGCAAUUAGAACUGGAAUAUGGUAUAUGGCAAGUUACUGAUCGCAUAUGCCUUACAACCUAGGUCAUUUCCUU